AUGUUCCAAUUUAUCAAAGACUCAUUUGAAUAAGUGGCUUCUAAAGUUAAAUAAUGUGGAGCUCCUUCCAAUUCAAUUAAAGUCAACUUAAGUCAAUUUGAAGAUCAUAAGUCAUCCUUUUAAACUGUCAUAUAUUAGAAGUAUUUGAAACAAAAGUUAAUAAAUUGAAUUAAGUAAGAAAUCAAAAGAUUAUCAAAAAAAUAGUUUGUUGGCAAAAAAGUGUUAGUCAUAGAUUAAUUUAUCGCAGAUAUGCUUAAUUUGGUUAUUGAAUCAAUGUAGAUUUUGAAAGAAAAUGGUGUUGAUUAAAUUUAUUAUAUUGAUUCUGAUUAAUUAGAUGUAGAAACUAAUUAGAUUAUAUUUUUUGUUAAUCCUGAUAGAUAAUAUAUGAAAAGAAUAGUAAGAAUAAUCAGGAAUAAUUAACUUGCAAAUUUUAAUAAAAAAUAUCUACUAAUCUUUUGUCCUCGAUUAAAUAUUGUAUGCAAAGAUUAUUUAGAAAAAGAAGCAGUAUUAGGGGAUCUAAUCAUAUCUAAUUUUAAUUUUGAUUUAAUACCCUUAGCAAAUGAUUAGCUAUCAUUAGAAAUGAAUAAUUGUCUUAGACCAUUAUAUAUUGGAUAAGAUAUGUCAAUUUUAUAAACUGUAGCUGAAUCUAUAUAAAGAAUGGAACUAGUGCAUGGCAAAUUUAAGAAUAUAUAUGCUUAAGGAAAUUUCUCAAAAUUUGUCAUUGAUAUAUUAAAAUAAAAAAAACAAUAAGGUGAAUUGAUUGAGGAUGAACUUAGUUUUAAGGAAUCUAAAAUGCAUGCACUUUUGAUCAUUGACGGAAAGAUAGACUUUAUCACUCCUAUGCUUACUCCAUUUACAUAUGAGGCUUUGAUUAAUGAAGAGUUUUCUAUUAAAAUAAAAUUCCAUUAAUAUAGAUAUUAUUAAAAAUAAAACUGCUUUAAAAGAUAGACAAAACUUAAUGAUUCUUAUUACAAUAAAAUCAAAAUUAUGAAUAUUAAGUAAUGUCAAAGGAUUCUUGAAGAUAAGAGACAAAAUAACAAAUAGAUGAUUUAAUCUAUGAAAUAAUAAGAUAAUAAAAUGAAUAUGAGUGAUAUGAAUUAAUAUCUUACUAAAUUAAAAUUACUACCAAAAGAACAAAAUAUUAUUCUUCACCUUAAUAAUUUACACUAUUACAGAUCUUUUUAUAAGUUAACAUUUAAGUAAAUAGUUAGAAUCCAUUUUAUUUAAUAUGUGCGUUAAUUAAGUAGUUCAUGCAAUACUUUAAACUAAGUAAUUAUAAGUUGA